GGUUUUGAGUAGAUAGGCAACAAACCUGAAAUCGAAAUACAUUUGUUCUAACAGAUAAUCAAUCCAGUCUUCAAUGGCUUCACCAAAGCAGGAGCAAGGUGGAGGCGGAAGUUCUGUGUCGAAACCGGCAAUGAGAAAGCCAGUAUUCGUUAAGGUAGAUCAAUUGAAACCAGGUACAAAUGGACACACACUCACUGUUAAGGUUGUCAGUUCCAACACAGUUUUGAACAAGAAAACCCGCAAUGGUCCUCUCCCUAACCGACCCGGCACAGGUGGUCAGACCCACAUCGCCGAGUGCUUAAUUGGUGACGAAACCGGGGCUAUUCUCUUCACUGCCCGCAACGAGCAAGUUGAGCUGAUGAAAGCAGGUGCGACUGUGAAUAUUCGCAAUGCAAAGAUUGAUAUGUUCAAAGGGUCAAUGAGGCUGGCGGUAGACAAGUGGGGACUCGUUGAGGUGACGGAGGCUGCAGAUUUUGCGGUUAAAGAGGAUAAUAACCUGUCUUUGAUCGAGUAUGAAUUGGUAAAUGUGGUUCAGGAAUGAUUUUGCUCAAAAGCAGUAUCUUGGAAUGAUUUUGCUCAAAAGUAGUAUUUUGAUUAUGCUUAUUGAAUUUGGAUAAUUUAUUUUACAAUCUUUUUUAAUUGUGGCUGAUGCUAAACUAGGUUAUUAUAUAUAUUAUGGGUAUGUCUGGUAUACAAUUAGUGUUGCAACAAAACCAUGUUAAGGAAAAUUAUUGUUUGAUA